GAGUCCGGCCACAUGCCUGAGCUGAGGCACUUCGGUUCCGGCGCUUCGAACCCUCCGUUGUGGGCUGCGGAGAGCGGAGUCCGCGGGCGGGGGCUGUGUGCGCUGGCCGCUGGGUCUCCGAACCGCCCGGGGCCCAGGAGUUCUGUGGAUAUGCCCCAGAAGGAUCCCUGCCAGAAACAAGCCUGUGAAAUACAGAAAUGCUUGCAAGCCAACAACUACCUGGAGGCUAGAUGUGAGGCUGUGCUCCAAGAGAUGCGAAGAUGCUGCGCCCAAUACCCCAAGGGCAGAUCCAUCUGUUGUUCGGGGUUUGAGAAAGAGGGAAGAGAGAGGGAGAAGCUUAAGGCAGCUUCAAAUGGGAUUCAUGCAGCACCACAGUAACAGGCUGCAGCUCCAGGAGGUUAUGGAGCGUGGCCCUCUCCUCAGACAAAGUAGCGUGCAAGUGGCAAAUAAUAAACAAACCUUCAGAGCUAAACCAUGAGAUUCAGGCUGAAGUGGAGGCCAUCUCGAGGAGUAAAACUGUUAAAAUAAUGUAUUAUUCAGACUGAUAAGGAAGCCAGAGAAGAAUCCUUCUUAGAAUAAAACGUCCUGUGCACCAAAUGUAAAAUGCAAUACAAUGGAUGGGCUGUUUGUUUUCUAUCCCAAACUAUUGUGACUUAGAGUUUAUUACUUCUCUCUAAACACAGUUUGUUUCUGAUGCUUAAUGUCCUCAGUAAUCCAUUCUCAAUAAGAAUUUGAGGGUAAUAUAUAAAAUGUAUUCAGCCUUCUGGCAUAGGACGUACAGGAAAUAAGUUUAAGGAGAUUCUACUGAAUUUGAUGCAUUUAGCAAGAUGAUCUUUGAGUAGCGGAAGUAUUCCUAUCAUUGAGCCAUAGUUUCCCAAAGAUGUGAUCUGCAUUUCUAGUGCUUAAAGCAAGAAUAGGAGUCAGCUCUGGGGUUUAUUCCUAGCUCUGCCACAGUUCCUCUGUGACCAUAAGUCACUUCACCAAGGUGCCUGUUUCCUUAGUUCUGCAAUGGGGUAUUGGAUUAAUGAUUAAUUGGACCACAUUGCACAAUAGUAUUUGUAUGACCUUAAAGAUGUUGCAGAAGCAUUUUAUUUCAGGGAGUGCUAAAGAAAGAGAAUCUUUUAAAGCCGUAUUUAUGGAAAACCAAGGUGUUGGUAUAAAAUGGAUUUUUAUGAUGUUGAGAACAGCAGUCAUCUUGUAUGACUGAACAUCUCUAAGCAAUAUGAUAUGCAAUGAAUUUGUGAGACUGCAAUGCCCCUUUACACAUAAUUCUGUCAUACAAAGCCUAAUCAACUUUGUGCACUUCAGGGUGAGCAUUACACUAUCAAGCACAACUUAGUUUUGAAAUAUAGGUUUUUAUGAACAAUAACAGACCGCUGCAGUUACUCAACAUAAUAGGCAGCUAUAUCAAAGCACAUGUGACAGAUCCAUUUGUGUCUUGUAUUCUAAAUACCAUGAUACAAAAUAAAUGACUGGAAUAAUAUGAGUUCUCGCUAGGGGUAUUUAUUGUUGUCUGGUUAGAGCAUAACCUUUUCUCUCACAUGGUCAGGCAGAUUGGCUGAUUUCAUGAUUAAGGCCCCCACCCGCAAAUAUUUGGAAACUGUUUGGUGUGUUUAUAUCCUGAGCCUGUAAUAAUAAAUUAAUUUGUCACAGGA